AUGGCCGAAACUACCUCUACCCCGCGUAUCACCGCGCAGUACCUUGACAACUACGUCGGCAAGAACGUAAUGCUCGUCGGCAAGGUCGUCCAGCUGCGCGGCGACUCGGCGGUCCUUGACGCCGACGGCAACGUCACCGCCAUUCUGAACCGCGACGUCCACCUCACCAAUGGCAAUGGUGCUCAGAUCGUCGGCAAGGUCAACCCCGACCUGUCCAUCAAAGUUCUCUCCUCCAGAGACCUAGGACCUGGCGUGGACUACUCACUUGCCUCCGCCGUCGUAGAGGCAACUCACCAACACAAGCCCCUCUUCGUUUUCGACAAUUGA